AGGGUGUCGCGCCGAGGGGAGCGGCCCGCGGCGGAGGGAGGGGAGGCCGCGAGCUGGAAGCGGGGCUCCGCGCUGGGACUGGUUCCUUCGCAGCCAUUUUCUGUCCAACCAAACAGCCGAUUGGAGACGGGAGCCAACCAGGGCUGCAUUGGAGGCUGAGGCUGGGCCAGGCCUGGACCGCGCGUGGGACAGCUGCUCCCCAGCACCGCCGACAGCACGGUUCUCCAGCAUUUCAGCACCAUGGACGGCGACAGCUCCACCACAGAUGCGUCCCAGCUCGGGAUCUCCGCGGACUACAUUGGCGGGAGCCACUAUGUGAUCCAGCCGCAUGACGACACAGAAGACAGCAUGAACGAUCAUGAAGACACAAAUGGUUCAAAAGAAAGCUUCCGAGAGCAAGACAUUUAUCUUCCCAUUGCGAACGUGGCCAGGAUAAUGAAAAACGCCAUACCACAGACCGGGAAGAUUGCAAAAGAUGCCAAAGAGUGUGUGCAGGAGUGCGUGAGCGAGUUCAUCAGCUUCAUCACGUCGGAGGCCAGCGAGAGGUGCCACCAGGAGAAGCGGAAGACAAUCAACGGGGAGGACAUCCUCUUCGCCAUGUCCACCCUGGGCUUCGACAGCUACGUGGAGCCCCUGAAGUUGUACCUGCAGAAGUUCCGCGAGGCCAUGAAAGGGGAGAAGGGCAUCGGCGGCGCGGUGACGGCGGCGGACGGGCUCGGCGAGGAGCUCACAGAGGAGGCCUUCACCAACCAGUUACCAGCUGGCCUGAUCACUGCAGACGGCCAGCAGCAGAAUGUCAUGGUUUACACCACGUCCUACCAACAGCAGAUUCAGUUCUCCUGAUCCCGAGAGCGUGUCUGCAGCCCUGGACGGCGGCGGCGGCGGUGGCGGUGGCGGUGGCAGCAGCAGGGCCGGGGACGUGGGACGCGGACGGCUCUUUGUACAUUGAGUAGCUGUAAUGUAGCUUCCUGAGGCUUGGCUAAUUGAGGUGUUAAUUCUGACUUGAGAAUCUUUUUCAUGAAUGAUUUUAAAGAAAAAUUUGGAUUUUAAAGGUAUUAAAAUAUUUUUGUUUUGUACGGGAGUGUUGCUCUGUAUGAUGCCUGUAUGCAGUGUAUAUUGCAAUUUAUUACUGUCAGAGAUUUGUAGACAGUUUCUUAUUUUCAUAUUGAAUCAUGUUACUUUUGUAAUUCAGGUAAGCAGCUGGGUUAAUUCAUGAUGUUUACCCGUUUAAUAAAAGAUGAGGUAGAGUUCAUUUUGAAUGCAGGUUGCCUUUAUUAUACAUUUGAGUUUGUCUUGGCUUUAUGAUACCUUGCAUGAUAACCUAGCUAGAUUUUUAGCCUUUUCUGUAUUUAUUAAAGUUCCUUUUUUUGGUAAAACAUCAUAGUUUAAGCAGCACCGUUUUUUAAGAAAUGUCAUCAGCCGAGUGGGAUGCGGGAGCAGAGGCUGCUGUCCUCCCAGCCCAGCCUGGUGCCCGCCUGGACACGUCACCGUCAUCGUCGUUAUCUGUCAUGGUCACCGUCAUCUGGGGCUUCCCGUGGUAACACUGGAUCUGUUUCCUGGGACUUUGCCGCCAGUGUUGGAGUUCAUUUACGUUUCCCGUGUCCUGGCGCUUGGUGUUCCUCAGCACGCACCCCAAGUGUUUCCAAGCCCCUCACCGAGGGGCACAGUCCGAGGCACCCCUCCCCUUCUCUUGGACCGGAAGCGCCACCCACCUGGCCGUGCAGACCUUGUGCCCGACGUGGGCACAGGGUUGCGGUGGCCUCUCCGGUGCUGUCCCGAUCUCUGCAAUAAACAGCUGGACGGUGUCGCUUCGUAUCACGCAGCAGUGUGUCCUCGGGUUGCGCCUCUGUACGCGGGGAUCUGUGUUUUCUCUUCUUCAUGGUGACAACCUGAGGGGUUUUUAAACUUAAUAUGGGCAAUGGCUGCUGUGUCGUUCGCCUGGAAGGAAGCUUGAGUGGCUGUCACCUGUCCCACCGCCACUCCGGACGGACGCGGUCUGAGCAGGACCCGCUGCUUCGCUGCAGGAGCCCGGAGCAGGGCUGGCCAGGGCCCUCCGGCCCGUGAGGGUGCCCGGUGCAGGGCGGGCCAGCAGGAGAAGGGCAAGGGCGGUGAGCAGAACCCACGAUCACCCUACUGUGUCGGGAUAACCAAUGUUAAUAUUUUGAUAAAUAUCAUUUGUCCUUUUACUUUGCAAAAUAUGUAUAUUUUUAUAAGAAUGGGCUCAUAUCGUGCAUACCGUUUUGUAACCGGCUUUUUUCACUCAACAAUAUAUUGUGACCCUGUUUCCCGGGCCAUGCUGGUCUCCUGCAUCCUUUCUGUUGGCUUACUAUUCUGUUGUAUGACUGAAUCCUAAUUUAUUUGUCUACUGGAGAUUUUUGACUAUUUAUAUCUUUUCACAGUUAUAAACAACACUUCACUGAAUCUUGUGUACAUCCAUGACUUUCCUUGAAAUAAACUUAGAACUGCUGGGUCACCAGACAGGCAGCGCGUCAA